AUGGCUGAAGGUAUUUCUACCUCGCUCCAGACCUGCCCUGCGGAUUCUCAGAGGCUUCCUGCCCUCGAGGUUCUUCCGUCUCCCCCAUGUAUUUCUCAUCUGCAUGUGAAUGAUCCGGGGCUUACACCUUCCCCUGGGUCCCAGCUGCAGCGCUCUCCCGAUGCCACCCGAAAUGGAGAACACGGCCAGUCCGUUGAAGAAGCAAAUUCCACCUCAGUCGACCAGCACAUUGCGCCCAUACCCACGGACCGACCCAAGAAUACCACAACGGACUUGAGAGACGAAGAGACUGAACACACAAUAAGCGAGCACAGUACAUCGCGCCUGUAUGAAGAUUCGUCGGCAACGACUGCGCCCCAGCUGGACCUUCAUGACUCGCCUACUGCGCCUUUAACGGAGACAGCGGACUUGUACGAUCCUUUGUUCGACUCUGAGCUGAUGUUUCAUGAGCUUGACGCCGCUUUCGACUCACGCAAGCGAGCUGGCGCGGAAGCAUUUGAGCAACCAGACCUCUGGCAGCAGGCCUCGAAAAGGCAGGCUAUUGAAUCAAUCCGGGAUGAAAUUACCAUAACGCCAGACAAAACACCGUCACUGUCUUCUCUCGACUCGGCCUUGCAGCCUGAUCGAACCGGAACUGGUCCUCACACACCAUCGGACCCUGACCAGCAGUCAACGCCUGCGGCCUUGUUCGAAGCUUUCGGUUCAUUGUUUGAGGAUUCACCCUUUGAUGGUCCCAUGGAGCUUUCCUAUGAUGGACUGCCUGACUUUGACUUUCAUGAGCUAAGCCAGGAGCUGGCCAGCGUCAAGGCACCUCCUAAUGUCAACAUCGCCCCUGAGGAUACGCUAUCAAUCAGCGAGAUCACGAAAGAGCGGUUCUCUAUCGACGACCAAGAUCUGAUUGACUGCACAAGCCGAGAGAUUCUGCAGCGGGUGCACCAAGAGCCACCUUACGUAUCACCAUAUCCAACUUACGCCGGGCCUCUGGGCUACCUGCCGUCUGCUCCCAACAUUCAUGUCCAAUAUAUCGAGGUCGCAGAGGAUAAGGCCAACUUCCGCUUGACCUCAUUGAGAAACCGGGUGCAGCAGCUUUCAGUGGAGCGACACAAGCUGAGGACUAAACUGGAUCAUAUAACGGAAAUGAGCACGAUCGACAGGCGAACGGGAAAGACGCACUACGAACUGCUCCGCGAACAGAAUGCUAUGCUGCGACGGGUUUGCACUCAGCAUCAGAACAGGGUGGAACGAUACAAAAAAGAGGCGGAUGAAUGGAAGAGCAAGCUUCAUGACCUUGGCACUGUCUAUAACAAUCUCCUAUAUGAGAUCCAGGUACAAAAGCAGACGCCGGCGGUCGCGGGGAUUCCUAAUGGGUACAAACCUCCCCAAAAGAUCCAGCCUGCACCGAAUCAGCAAGCCAUUGCCCCAAUACCCGGCGCAUCUCUCCAGCGCCCUAUCGCUCCCAGCCCGCCCAAACGCGAACCGGUGACGAUCGACUUGACUGCCGACGAUCCACCGGACACGGCCAGCCCAACCCCAGCGGAGAAGCAGCGUCAAGCAGAGAUGCUCCAAUCCCUUCGCAGCAAAAAGUACGCUUGGCUGACGGACGCUGACGCGGUCGACCGCCACAGUACUAGUCUCCGCUCACGGCAAGGUUUUUGCGGCAAUGGCGGUGGGCCCCAGGCCCUGGAAACAAUGGGGGAGGAAGCAGCCGAACGGAUCAACCUCUCCGCCUCCGGGCUUGCGUCAGCCGGUCGCAUCGAACCCUCCGAUCACGACAAUGCUGAUGAUGAUUUGGCUCGUAUGAUGGAGGAAGAGCUCGCACAGGGUUGUUGA